AUGGUGCCUGCCACCCGGCAAAUGAAAAGCGAGGCUGUCUAUGCACACAUCUUGGAUAACAUUCUCUUGUUGUCCCAAGAACACCCUAUCCGUCUUAGCUUCCAACAGCAGGGAUAUGAAACAGCCAUCGACAUUCUCUCUAUCUUCGAGAACGAACUCGAUGCCCUCGGUUACAGGUCUCCCACGCCUGUCGACGGUGUAGACAACCCACGGAUCCCACUGCUCAUGGCGCAUCGACAAAUCUUGCGUCAUUUUCUACGUUGGCAAGCAUCCUUUGAACGGCAAAAGGGGAGCCCUAUGAAGCCUUCGGAACUCAUUGCGUUGAACAACGAAGACUUUGUUCAUCCCUCAACCUUGGCCCCCACCGCAACGAGCAUCACCCCUAAAGUGCGAUCUGCUGCUGACGACUUCAAGCGUGGCGUUAAACGUGACAAAACGCAUUAUCCCGUACUCAAGGAUGACAAGUACUGGGAUAACUUCUACCGUUCGUUUGUGGUCACUGCAGUCUCGCAUAAUGUCGAAAAGGUCCUUGACCCAACGUAUGUUCCUACAGAGCCCUCUGACAAAGCACUUUUCGAAGAGCAAAAGAAGUUUGUGUACUCUGCACUAGAACACACACUGCAGACAGCGGCGGACUUUACUGCGGCCAUUGGAAACCUGUACACCAGGAAAGUGCGUGAAUUGGAAGAAGCAAAGGAUGAGGAGGAUGUUAAAGUCAAGCCACCGGCUCCGUUCUCGAAGGAAACGAAGUGGAUUCCGUUCUUCAAGUUGUUGGUAAACUACUUGAGCUCUGUGACGGGAGUUAACAAAGUGCCGUUGGAUUAUGUCGUUCGGAAAGACGACGACGUUGCUGCACCGGAUACCGAGUUCAAGACGGAGCACGAGAAGUUGGUGCUGUCGACUCCCCAUACGGGGACGGCGUUCAACAAGGACAACGGGAAAGUUUGGAUCCAGGUGAAACAGUUGACUGUGAACGGUCCAGCUUGGACUUACGUUGCGCCUUUCGAGAAGAAACGCGACGGUCGUGGAGCGGUCAAGGCUUUGAAUAGUCACUAUGAAGGUGAUGCGGUGAUGUCCAAGUCCAAGGCGGCUGCAUUUGAUACCCUGGACAAGUACGGAGAGACCUUGACGGAGUCAAGAAAGGUGGAUGUCUUCUUGCGCAAUAAUCACUGCACCAAUCCCAAGAUGCUCUCAGGAAUUGCGGUAAUUCAGGGAGACGCGGAUUGGAUGUCCAAUUUUGCCAAGGCGGCCGACUAUUUGGCCUUGUUUACUAACACCAAUACCUCUCAAAAGACAGGUUGUUCGAUCUCAAGUGCUCAGCAGACUAGUAACAACAAGAAGAAGCCGGCUAUUCGAGCGGGCAACUAUACUCCAAAUGAAUGGCAUCAGCUCUCGGACAAAGAAAAGGACAAAGUUAGAGCCAAGCGAGCGGCCGCCAAGUCCUCUCGCGAUAAAAAUAAGCGCUCGGCAGCAGCAAUCACUCGUUCGAGCGAGAAACCUGACAAGGGGAGCGCGGAUGGUGCAACCAAUGCAGGUGAUCAGUUUGCUCUCUCAACCAAGAAGAAGAAAAGGAAGACUGUUGGUUUUGAAGGCGAAACGAGCGAUUGA